AUGAGUGCAUCCACAACAUCAUCAAAACAUCCAAAUUCAUACACUUGCCAAUCGAUGGCAGAGUUUAUUGAAAAAACUGAAUCGCUAUUCAAACAAUUUCCAAACGAUACCCGAUAUGUUAUGAAAUUUAGUAAUAAGAAAGGAAGAAUGAAUUUGAAAACUACCAAUGAUACUUUUGUUCUUAAAUAUAAGACUGAUCAAGCAUCGGAUUUACAACAUUUAGAGAGAUUAAAUAAUUUAGUCAUGACGGCCACAACAUCGAAGAACGAAGAAUUAAAAAAGAAAUAA